UAUAUACUCUCAUGCUACUAUAAAAGCCCAAAAUGGGGUUGCUUUCACUUCCACUUCCACUUCCACUGAUUUUUGUUGACAGAUCAGGUGGCAAAGUUACAGGGAGAUCGAGGUUUCAAUUUCCAUGGACAAGUUCAGGUUUGCUCAAAAAGGUGCAGUAGUGACCAGAUUGCCUCCCGGCUUCCGUUUCCAGCCAACAGAUGAAGAGAUCGUCUUCCAGUACUUAAAGUGCAAGGUCUUCUCCUGCCCGUUGCCUGCCUCAAUAAUCACUAUUCCUGAGAUCAAUGUCUGCGAUUACGAUCCUUGGGAUUUGCCAGGUGAUUUGGGGCAAGAGAUGUAUUUUUUCAGCCAUAAGGAAGCAAGAUAUCGGAAUGGGAACCGAACCAAACGGACAACUAAUUCUGGUUACUGGAAGGCAGCCGGCUCAGACAAAAAGAUCCUAUCUUCUACAAAGAAUCAUGUGGUGGGAAUGAAAAAGACUCUGGUUUUCUAUAGAGGGAAGCCCUCCCUAGGAUUGAGAACUGAUUGGAUUAUGCAUGAAUACCGUCUUGUCGAUGCAGGAACUGCAGCUUGCAUUUUCUCACAGGUACAUAACUCAACCCAGAAUUCUUUAGAUCAAUUGGACAAUUGGGUUCUCUGUCGCAUAUUUUCGAAAAAGGGAAGUACUGAAAACAAUGAUGUUAUUAUUCAGACGAGUUCAGAGAACAAAACACUUAAGAAUGUCGUGGACGUAAUGGCUCAGCAGCCUAGAUUAUUUGAUUUUAUGAUGGAAUACAAGACUGAUGAUUUGGGUCCUGUUUCUUCGAGUUCUUCGUCAUCUUCAAGUUCCAGUACAAUUAGUAUCACUCAGGUGUCUUCGAGUGGAGCAAAUCACGAAGAAGGCAGUGCCUGCAACACUAGUACUUAGCUAUCAUUUUAAUGGAAAAAACAAGCAAUAUUUAUGACU